GAGCGCUGUAGGAGGGAAGGACGGACGAGCCGCGCAUCCGCAUCACCGAGGAGGAGGAGGGUGGCGCGGUGGCAUCGCCUGCAGGAAUCCAGUUGUAAAGUCCACACACGAGGCAACAAUGCGCUGAGGGGAAACUGUCUGGAGCUCGGUUGUUAACCCAGAGAGAAUACCUUACGGCACUGAGACAUCUGAAGACCUGAAACACGCUCCGGACAAGUUGUGAUUUCAGAGGAAAUCCGACUGGAGAUGAAUACCAACGAUGCCAAGGAGUAUCUCGCACGGCGGGAGAUACCUCAACUAUUUGAGAGCCUGCUGACAGGUCUGAUGUACUACCGGCCUGACGACCCCAUCGACUACUUGGAGGGCUGUCUAAAGAAAGCCAGGGAGCUCGGAGGACCAGACAAGGUGCGGUGGGAUACCUUUGUGGGCCAGGAGAAGAAGUCCCUUCCUCCUCUUAAUGGCGGCCAGUCACGCAGGUCCCUCUUCAGAAAUGUGUUGCCCGACAGUCCUAAUUUCCCCUACAGACGUUAUGACCGCCUCCCUCCCAUCAGCCAGUUUUCCAUCGAGAGCGACUCAGACCUGUCGGAGACAGCGGAGCUCAUAGAGGAGUACGAGGUGUUUGAUCCAUCCAGACCACGACCCAAAGUCAUCCUCGUGAUUGGUGGCCCUGGCAGCGGCAAAGGAACACAGAGCCUGAAGAUUGCCGAGCGCUACGGCUUCCAGUAUGUGUCCGUGGGCGAGCUGUUGAGGAAGAAGAUGAUCCACAACGCCACAAGCAACAGAAAGUGGAGCCUGAUUGCUAAAAUCAUCACCAAUGGAGAGCUGGCACCACAGGAGACAACAAUAACUGAGAUCAAGCAGAAGAUUAUGAAGAUCCCAGAGGCAGAUGGUAUCGUCAUAGAUGGGUUUCCUCGAGAUGUCGGACAGGCCUUGUCCUUUGAAGACCAGAUCUGCACUCCCGACCUGGUGGUGUUCCUGGCCUGCACCAACCACCGUUUGAAGGAGAGGCUGCAGAAGCGAGCCGAGCAGCAGGGACGACCUGACGACAACCCCAAGGCCAUCGACCGCCGCCUGACCAACUUCAAACAAAACACCAUUCCUCUGGUCAAAUACUUCCAGGAGAGGGGCCUUAUUGUGACGUUGGAUGCUGACCGAGACGAGGAGGAGGUCUUCUGUGACAUCAGCAUGACCCUGGACAACAAGCUGUUUCCCUCCAAAGAGCCAGCAGCCGGUCCCAGUGAGCUGGAUCUCAGUCUACUGGGGGAAACCAGCAGCCUGGCAGAUGUUGCCUGCAAGUAUGAUGAGGUCAGAGAGGAGGAAGAAAUUGGGUAUGCUGAAGGAACCACAGAAAUUUAUUGUACAGAACAGAGGAAACCAAAGGUCAUCUUCAUGAUGGGUGGUCCAGGCUCGGGCAAAUCUCUCCAGUGUGAGCGGAUGGAGGAGAGGUUCGGCCUGCGUUGCAUCACCCUGGGUGACCUGCUGUGUAACGAGCUGCAGUCUCACAGCGAUAGAGGGCGUCACCUGCGAGACGUCCUGGAGAGAGGAGAGCAGCUGCCCGAGGACACUCUGCUGGAGCUGCUGUGUGAUGCGGUGGCGGCGGCGGUACGACAGGGGAAGGGUCUCGUGAUCAGCGGCUUCCCCAGAGACCUGAGACAGGCUGAGGAGUAUGAGGCCAAGAUGGGGGAGCCCACUGCCGUGCUCCUGCUGUGCUGCACGGCCGACACCAUGUCCAGGCGUCUGCAGUGUCGCCGCAGAUCCAGCUCCAGCUCCAGCCUCCAGUCCGCCUCAGACAGAGACAGCGCCCUGCACAGGAAGGCUGAGGGCUUCAGCAGCAACAGCCAGGCGGUGACAGCUCAUUACGAAAGCAAGAAUCUUCUGCACACGGUUGACGCCGAGACGUCGCCAGAUGACGUGUUUGCCCAGAUCUGCCAGGUGAUGGAGACCUUCUGAUUUCUACAAUUUCCUCAACACUACCACCACCACCACCACCACCACCCUGCACACCCCUACACUCUUCUCUCCAGGAGGUCCACCUGUGAAGACCUUUUCUCUCCCUGUCUCUGGAGACCCGCACCCACAUAACUUCACACCUGCACCAGACAUAUGCUCAUUGAACUGUGUGGUAUGCAUGCCCCCAAACACUCCCAGCAAUCAGUGAAACCUUCUGCUUUUGACACUGACGAAGCGCCUGGUUGUCACAGUCUUUGCUUCACCCACUUGCAUUGUCUCUUACAUUGACCUCAAUAUAUGCUGCCAACUGCCGGACUGAGGCAGAUAACUGUACUGAGAAAAAUAGCAUACCCUGCUGUGACUGAGAGCAUGUUUUUAGUUGAAUGUGAAAUCCCUCUGCCAUUCUCUCCCCCAAAGGAGCCGAGAGAGGGUGUUCCCGUCGUGCCGGAAAGUGGAAAAAUCAGUGUGUGCUCAUGCUCUCAUGCACAGCAACAUGCUUUGUAUCGUAACAAGCAUGCAAGAAUUACAAUCAAGCUUAAACUGCCUUUUGUGCAUUUAAAUAAAAAGCAGCAAAGAAUUAAGAGUAUUAAAGAUUAUCGCAUUUGUAUGUUUCCAAGCUCAUCGUACAGGUGCUUGUUUGAGUCUGGUAUUUAACAUUCAAUAAAGCCAGUGCAUUUGCUAAAUGGAGGAUUUCUGAGUGCCUGCUUUGGUGUUUGUGUGUUUGUGUGAGUGUGUGCGCAGACAGGGAAAGGUCACAGCUGAUCUGAUAGCACCAUCUGCUGGUGAGGAGAUCACAACAAAAAAGUGCUGUAAUUAUGAGAUAAAGGGAUAAGAGGUUCAGCAUCACUGUUUAAAAUGCACAGAAACAUAACUUGUUAGUCCACAUUUAAGCUGAUAUAAUACAUGGAUCCAACAUCAGCAAAAUGACCUUUAACUGCAGCACUCGGAGUGUCAGGGAGUGUUUGAAGUGACCGCCAAAGGUCACCUGUGGGGAGCAUGAACAAAGAAAUCAGGCGCUUGAACAUUUUCACAUUGGAGGUUCAUGAAUUGCUUUCAUUCUGAAAUAAAAACUGUUUUUACACCAAAUAUUUAAAGAAACCAUAGAAGCACAAACAUGAAACAACACAGCAGGUAGAGGAGAUGGUGAGUUAGCUGUCGAUCAUUGCGCUUACCAGUUAAUGAGGAGUGACCAGUAUGACAUCACUUUGGGUAAAACACAUUUUCAGUGUAUGUUGUUUCCUUUUGAAGUUGUGGAGAAUGAUUACUGUAACAGUCUUAUUGGCAUGGAAUCAGAUCACAUAUAUUGAACUUCAAGUUACAUUAAACAUUCCUGAAAGACUUGCAGUAUUUUGCAUUCAUCAUGGCUGUGAUCAUGGUAGAAAUCUUAAUUACAAUUUCUUGAUUAAGGAAAUACAGGUUUUCGGAACUGCCUCUUGUAUAUCUGUCCAGAAUACAUUACCGUGCUGAAAUGGCAAUCCUGAUUUUCAGUGAAUCGUCUGAGACAAACAUUGUUCGUCUUUAAAACAUGAGAAUCUCACACUUUUCUGUUUCAUAUCCCUUUUUGGAUCUGAGACUGUUAAGUCGACAUGCGAAAACAAGGAAGCGAGGUGUUCGGCUCGCAGGUUUACAUUUAAUUUGAUUCAAUAUUGAAGCGUCAAUCAAUCAUAACUUGUUCAGGCAAACAAAAUUUUUUUUAGUCACAAUUGUGCUACGGCUGCAUCUAACAGUUAUUUCCACUAUGAAUUCAUCUACAUUAUUUUCUUGAUUAAAAACUUUUGACCUAUAAAAUGUCAGCAAACAGUGAAAAAUUUGUCACUUUUACCGAGUCCAAAAUUAUCUUCCAAUGGUUUUUUUUCAAUCAAAAGUCUAAAACCAAAGAUAUUCAGAUUACAAUGAUACAUUUUCUUUUAUUUUUUCUCAACUAAUUGAUGCAGCUCUGAACUGCAGGACCGUAUGCUGUGUGUGGAGUGACCUUCAAGAUUAAUAAUAAUAAUACAUGAACCACAGGUGUAGAAACACUAUUUUCACAUACUUUUAUUUCCACGGUUCUCCUCUAGCAUUUUUUUUACAUUAUUAUUUUUUUUUUUUUUACAUAAGAACAGACUGUUAUACACAGAUAUUGAAGCAAGGCAAAGGGGGUGAGGGAAGGAGACGAAAACCAUACAAAAUGGUGUC